CCGCUGUGGCGGCUUUUCCCAGAUCUCAUCGUGCAGGCCAAGUCCGGCACCGGCAAAACCUGCGUGUUCUCCACCAUCGCCCUGGACGCGGUGGUGCUGGAGAGCCCCGCCACGCAGAUCCUGAUCCUGGCCCCGACACGAGAGAUCGCGGUGCAGAUCCACGCCGUCGUGGCCACCAUUGGGGUGAAAAUGGAAGGCCUGGAGUGCCACGUCUUCAUCGGAGGGACUCCUCUGAGCCAGGACAAAGCCAGGCUCAAGAAGUGCCACAUCGCGGUGGGCUCACCAGGUCGAAUAAAACAGCUCAUAGAGUUGGACUACUUGAACACAGCCAGUAUCCGGCUUUUCAUUCUCGAUGAAGCAGACAAGCUUCUGGAAGAAGGCAGCUUUCAGGAACAAAUCAACUGGAUUUACUCUUCACUCCCAGCCAAUAAACAGAUGCUUGCGGUUUCAGCCACUUACCCUGAAUCACUAGCUAAUGCUUUGACCAGGUACAUGAGAGAGCCGACGUUUGUGAGGCUGAACCCCACUGAUCCAAGUCUCAUUGGGCUGAAGCAGUAUUACAAAAUCGUGAGCUCCCAUCCGCUUCCGCAUAAAACUUUUGAGGAAAAGACCCAGCACCUGCAGGAAUUGUUCAGCAAGAUUCCGUUUAAUCAAGCCUUAGUCUUUUCAAAUUUACAUAGCAGGGCUCAACAUUUAGCUGAAAUACUGACAUAAAAAAAAACUGCUGAGUGCAUUUCAGGUAACAUGAACCAAAAUCAGCGUCUUGAUGCUAUGGCUAAAUUAAAGCAAUUCCACUGCAGAGUUCUGAUUUCCACGGACUUGACAUCUCGUGGAAUUGAUGCUGAAAAAGUGAAUCUGGUUAUCAACCUGGACGUCCCUGUGGACUGGGAGACGUACAUGCAUCGCAUCGGCAGAGCUGGGCGCUUUGGGACUUUGGGUCUAUCUGUGACAUACUGCUGCCGCGGAGAGGAAGAAAACAUGAUGAUGAAAAUUGCUCAGAGAUGUAACCUUCAGCUACUUCCUCUACCAGAGCCGAUACCUCCGGGGAUGAUGGAUCAGUUUGAAGAUGGGGAGGUAGAAGUCAAACCUAGGAACCAGUACUGCAGCCUCUCCAAAAUAGUUUUUCAGAGGUACCUCAGCAUCUUCCUGAUCUUCCAGAGGAAUCGAGUCAAACCCGUCUCCAGAACGGAUGAACAACGUAACGCUCGGGCUCCAGAUGAGGAGACCUUAAAAAAAAAUCUCCCCAAAAUUCCGUGCCUGUCUUCUUUCAAAAACCAAACAAACAAUCCCUGGAGCUUCUCAGAGUUUGUUGAAGACUAUGAGUAUUUCAUUAAAGAAGGGCUGGAGAGAGAGGUGGAAAUUUUGAGAAGCUAUUCAGGCCCAGGAGAACAAGGUGAGCUCCCCAGAAAUGGCGGAGUGGAGUGGAGAGAGGUGGAGUGUAACACAGGGACGGUAGCAAACGGUGUUGUGUCUGGUGACAGUGAUGGUUCGUACAGUUCCAGGGCUUCCUCCGAUAGUAGGGAAAAUAACUCGCGUUUUGAAGCAUUUUCAGACACUCGGGAGAGUAAUGCUGUUCCCACAACACGUCAGGGUCAUGGAGGCUUCUGUCCUACACCAGAAAAGCCUCGGGAGCCAUCGCAAGUCCCAAAGCAAAAUCAAGUGAAAAAGAAAGUUCCAAAACAAAACGUUAAACAAAAGAAAAGCCAUUACCAGCAAUUUUCUAGGAAAACUGAAGAGGACUGCUCCUGCAGCUCUUGGGGUGAUGGUGUUCCCUAUGAGGCUUGGAGUUACAAAAACUACUGGAAGUCUUACUACCAAGCGUGGCAGAACUACUACGCUGUGGUGUCUCACUAUAGGAGGAGUUACAGACAGUUUACCUGGGUGAAUGCCUAUCGUGCCAACUCAGUCUAUCUUCAGGAGCUGCUGAAAAGUGAUUGA